AUGCUCGCUCGGGGAACCACAGAGAAUUACCCUGGUCUUCUUGGCACCUUGACCAACAAAAUUUUGGAUGCUAUCCCCGGUAGCGAUUAUGAGAACAUCAUUUACCCGGCCACCCAGGAAGGGUCGACACCUAGCUAUGGAGAAGGAAUUAGAAAUGGCACCGCUCAGCUGAAGAGAUACGCCAGUGUUUGUCCCAAUUCAAAGAUUGUCUUGUUUGGCUACUCUCAGGGCGCAAUGGUGGUUGGUGAUAUGUUGGCUGGUGGUGGCGAUAACGGAACGCUGGGGGCGUUUUCUCAACCUACCGUGAAUUCUAGGACGCUUGGCUCACACAUCACGGCAAUCGUACUUUACGGUGACCCGCGUCAUAUGCCUGAUCAGCCGUACAAUGUUGGAGAUGUGACAGCCACUGGAAAAGAUCCACGUACCGAUAAUCAGCUCCGUGCCCUGUCUGCCUUUAAUUCCCGCAUCCACCACUUCUGUGAUAACAAAGACGGUGUCUGCGACGCCGCUGGAACAAAUCUUUCAGCCCACAUGGCCUAUGUCACUACUUGGGAUAAUACCGCAGCCUCAUGGGUGGUGGAUAUGAUUCAGCGCCAGAUUUGA